GCUUGGUGAAACUGAAGAGAAGGAACCGUUCGUUGGUCGGCAAAUUUCAACAAGAAAGUGAGUAGAAUCGAAUAAGCGGAAGGAAGGAAGCUGGAGAACUGCUUGCUGAUGAGAGAAGCUUUCGUUGGCGGAGAGAUCUGAGGUUUCUUCUUCCUUGUUUUUGUUUUGGAUAAAGCGAUGGGUUACGGAUGGGCGAUCUUCGAAGGCAUCCUGGUGAUGGGAUCGCUGUGUCUCUUGGGAUCGGCGGGACUCUGGUUCCUAAACAGAAGGCUUUACAAGGAGUACGAAGAGAAGCGAGCCUUGGUUCAGAUCAUUUUCAGCAUCGUCUUCGCCUUCUCCUGCAACCUCUUACAGCUCGUCCUCUUCGAGAUUAUCCCCGUCUUAUCUAGAGAGGCAAGGAUGGUUAACUGGAAAGUGGAUCUCUUUUGUUUAAUUGUGCUUCUUGUUUUCAUGUUACCCUAUUAUCAUUGUUAUCUGAUGCUUCGCAAUACUGGUGUAAGAAGGAAACGUGCUGCUGUUGGGGCCUUGUUAUUCUUGACAGCCUUCCUUUAUGCUUUCUGGCGCAUGGGAAUUCAUUUUCCUAUGCCUUCCCAAGACAAAGGUUUCUUUUCAAUGCCUCAACUGAUCAGCAGAAUCGGGGUCAUUGGUGUGACUCUCAUGGCCGUUUUAUCGGGUUUUGGAGCUGUAAAUUUGCCCUUCAGUUAUAUAUCGCUAUUCAUCAGGGAGAUCGAAGAAUCAGAAAUAAAAUCGUUGGAAAGGCAACUGAUGCAAUCAAUUGAGAGUGGCAUAGCUAAGAAGAAGAAAAUUAUUUUAUGUCAAGUGGAGGUGGAACGAAGUCAAGUAUCAGAAGAGAACCAAAAGGGUAAAUCUUUCUUUAGAAGAUUCGUCGGGACUGUUGUGCGGUCGGUUCAAGAUGACCAAAAGGAGCAAGAUAUAAAACUAAUGGAGGCGGAGGUGGAAGGGUUAGAAGAGCUGUCAAAGCAGCUAUUCUUGGAAAUUUAUGAACUCCGCCAAGCAAAGGAUGCUGCUGCUUUUUCUCGAACUUGGAAGGGUCAUGUGCAGAAUUUACUUGGCUAUGCAUGUUCCAUUUACUGUGUGUAUAAGAUGUUAAAGUCUUUACAAAGUGUCGUUUUCAAGGAGGCUGGAAACAAGGAUCCUGUCACGAUGAUGAUCAGCAUAUUCUUGCAGUUCUUUGAUAUAGGAGUAGAUGCGGCAUUGCUCUCACAGUAUAUAUCCUUGUUGUUUAUUGGGAUGUUGAUCGUGAUAUCAGUGAGGGGGUUCUUGACGAAUCUGAUGAAGUUCUUCUUUGCAGUCUCGAGGGUGGGAAGUGGAUCUUCAAGCAAUGUUGUGCUUUUCCUAUCUGAAAUCAUGGGAAUGUACUUUUUGUCUUCCAUUCUCCUUAUAAGAAAAAGCUUGAGAAAUGAGUACAGAGGGAUAAUAACAGAGGUGUUAGGCGGAGAUAUUCAGUUUGAUUUCUAUCAUCGAUGGUUUGAUGCAAUCUUCGUGGCCAGCGCUUUUCUGUCUCUACUUUUGUUAUCUGCGCACUACACCUCUCGUCAAAUUGAUAAGCACCCGAUUGACUAAACAAGCAAGCAAGCAAGCGAAUUAUCUGUAAGUGCCCCCUUGCAUCGAGAGUUUGAUGAUGUACAUGAAAAGCUUGAUACACUACUUAUUAUCGCGGCCAAGCAUUGACUGUACAUAUUUGCUUUGAAAGGAUUAUUAGUCUCUCUCUCGAGUUGUUUUAACAUCAGCGAGUGUGACUAGUUGUAAAUAAAUGAGAUUUGAUAUAAACAGUUUUCUUGCCUCUUCAA